GUAGGGUGAAAUGAAGCAACUCAUAUUCCGACAAGUCGCCUGCAACUGCUCCUCAACUUACUCCUCAGCCUUCUCCCAUCCUUCCCCAAUGUUGUGCUUCCUGCUUCUUUGGCUCCGCACGAAUACCUAUCUUCUUCUUCUUCUUCCUCCUUCUCGUCCUCCUCCUUGGUCUCAUGUACUGAUGUCGGCUUAUGCUCGGCCGGUGAGUAGGUAGGCAGUAUAGAAAAUCAAGGGCG